CCUGCAUCACUCUCUACUAAUACUUAGCCUGCAAUAGAAUGACACUAUAGCCUGUUUACGGUUAGAGGAGGGCUAGUGGGGGGAUAGGAAGCUUCGGACUCGUGGCGGCAUCAGGAUCCUAAACCCACUCACCGAGGGACCCUUUCAGCGGUUUUCGAAUUCGAUUGAUGCUGUAUGCAACACACUCUAACAUUAUGUACCGUCGAUGCUUCUAGUUCGAAGAAAAGGUUCUUUCGAUUAUUUUCGGGUCGCCAAAGAUCCCAAACUAUAACCGUGGUCGUCAUGAAUAUGAAUCAUGUCCUAUUCGGACCGCAGAUAAAAAUCAACACAUUAAUCUUGACGGGUAUAAAAACAACCUCUAUUGCUCAUUCGUUCUUUACUCCAACCAUUUAGCCCUACCAUGCAGCUCACUCUCUUGGCAUCCCUCGCUGUUCUCUCCAGCGCUGCUUUCGCUGCCCCUCCUGCGGUCCGUGAUGGGUCUUUGGUUGGCGUUGACGUUGAGGUCGACAACGUCUUGAACAAUGCUACGGUCAAUGUUCUCACCAAGCGGGAUGGUUUGGUUGACGUUGACGUUGAUGUCGAAGACGUUUUGAAUGAUCUUACGGCUAAUGUUCUCACCAAGCGGGAUGAUUUGGUUGACGUUGACGUUGAUGUCGAAGAUGUUUUGAAUGAUCUUACAGCCAAUGUUCUCACCAAGUGGGAUGAUUUGGUUGACGUUGACGUUGAUGUCGAAGAUGUUUUGAAUGAUCUUACGGCCAAUGUUCUCACCAAGCGAGAUGGUGUUGACGUUUAA